CGUUACAGGGAAAUAAUUGUUGCUAGAGAGCUAUGGAGAACCAGAAGGUGAUCCUGCAUGGAAUGUGGAUUAGCCCUUAUCUGAAGAGGGUAGAGUUGGCCUUAAAGCUGAAGAACAUCCCUUUUGAUUACGUUGAGGAAGAUUUGAGCAACAAAAGUGAGUUGCUUCUCAGGUACAAUCCGGUGUACAAGAAAGUUCCUGUCCUUGUCCACAAUGGAAACCCCAUUUGUGAGUCAUACGUCAUCCUUGAGUACAUUGACGAGACCUGGAAACAUGGCCCCAGAUUGAUGCCUGAGGAUCCCUAUAGAAGAGCUCAAGUACGCUUCUGGUCUAAGUUCAUCCAGGAUCAGUUAUUUGGAGCAUAUGUCUCAGUAGUAAAAACCGAAGGAGAAGCGCAGCAGAAGGCCAUGAAAGAGAUGGAGGAGAAAUUGGGGUUGCUGGAGAAUGGGAUGAAGAAGUAUUUCCCAAGUGGCAAACCAGAAGUGAACGAGAACAACGCUGGAGUGCUUGACAUCAUGUUUUGCUCUCUGCUCGGACCCUACAAGUCACAGGAAGAGGCUCUGGGUGUGAAGUUGUUAGAUGCAGACAAGUUUCCUGUGUUGUUCUCUUGGCUAAUGGCUCUGGUUCAGCUCCAAGUGGUGAAAGAGGCAACCCCACCUCAUGAAAAAGUGGUCCAGUUUCUUCAGUUCGUUCGCCACUCUGCUCUUCGUUCUACUACUUCAGCUUCAUAAUCGAUCAUGCCUUCAAAUGGAGGCUUUCUUAUGACCAGUUACUUGUAGUCUCUUGUCUCUGUAUGUGUGCUCAUAUAUGUCUGAAUAAAUGUAUUUGCGUGUACGUGCUUGCUUCUUCAGAACAAUUACAGGAUAUAUGUGCCAAUAAAAUGCCAAUACGCGAGUUUAAUUUUA